GCACAUCUAGACAAUGUUCUUCUUUUUCUUCUAGGCUGGGGAAACUCCAGGAAGCAAAGCUCAGUUGUCCCAUCAGCCCCUUGGGGGCUACAAUGGCAUCGUUUCCCGUGGCUCCCCGUUACGCAAAGAUGCUUGCCCUAAGCAAACAGCACAACUGCCUGCCGUACGUCAUCUCCUUAGUGUCGGCCUUAACAGUCCGUGAAAUUUUUGAAGAGUUUGACAGACCCGCCAUGAGUGAAGCAGAGCAGGAGAAGCUCAAGGGGAAAAAGGCCCGGGUGGUACAGAUGCAACGGAUUUGGGCCGGACAAGGACCCUCUCAAAAACUGGGAGACCUCAUGGUAAUGCUAGGAGCCGUGGGCGCUUGUGAGUAUGCCGGAUGCACACCCAGCUUCUGCGAUGCAAACGGCCUGCGCUACAAAGCCAUGGUGGAAAUCAGGCGCUUGCGGGGACAGCUGACCACAGCAGUGAACUCCGUCUGUCCCGAUGCCAGCCUCUUUGUUGACCCCAAAAUGAAGCCCCCGACAGAGACCCAGGUGACCUACUUGCGGCAAAUAGUCCUGGCAGGUCUUGGAGACCACGUCGCCCGAAGGAUCCAAGCGGAGGAGCUCCUCGAUGAGAAGUGGAAAAAUGGUUACAAGACUCCCCUUUUGGACGAUCCGGUCUUCAUCCACCCGAAUUCCGUCCUUUUCAAACAGCUGCCUGAGUUCGUGGUGUAUCAGGAAAUUGUCGAAACCACAAAAAUGUACAUGAAAGGUGUUUCAGCCAUUGAACCUGAAUGGAUUCCCCUCCUCUUGCCUCCAUACUGCCACUUUGAAAAGCCGCUCGAUAAUCCUCCUCCUUCUUACUGUCCUAAAACGGGCCGCAUCAAAUGCCACAGGCCGAGCGUCUUCUAUCGAAUAGGGUGGCAACUCCCAGCUGUGGAGGUGGAUUAUCCUGAAGGCAUUGAUCGCUUCAAAUACUUUGCCAAGUUCUUACUAGAAGGGAAGGUCUUUAAAAAGUUGGACUCUUUUGCCCGCUGCCUGCUAUCUAAUCCUGUCACAAUGUUGAAAACAUGGUCCAAACUCCAACCAAGGACGGAAUCCCUCCUGAAAGGCCUGGUGUCUGAAAAUGCUGAUAACCGGGAUGCAUUACUUGCAGCCUGGAACAGGAACCCCAAAUAUUUGUUGAUGGAAUAUUGCCAGUGGAUUCCAGAAGCAGCGCAUGACAACGUAUCUAAAAUCUGGCCACCGGUAACGCCAUGAAUUGCUAAGAAAAUUGUCCUCUGCUAACUCUGUCCACAGAGUCAUCUCUAGAACUAACUGGGCUGCAAAGAUCCAGAAAAGAGAUGUCUGUAUUUGCAAGGAAGAGACCGACUUAUUCACAGAGGAAUGGACUGUAUUCGUUCACUUGCAUAGGUUCCUUACGAUGCACUUGGGAGCAGGGAAUGGUUGCAAAGGAGCAUACACGCAGAUUCUCUUCUUCCCCUGAUAUGAAUGGGGAGAUUGUUAGGCGUAUAUGUUGGAGAUCUAAUCCACACCUGUCUAAAAACAUGGGUGACAUCACCAGAUCGUGAUAAACAUAUCGAUCCUGUUCAAAAGCACUUUAGUGCUUAGUUAGCUCAAAAAAAACACAUGAGGGUAUGAGAUUUAAUUGUGAGCCAGGUAGCUUGACCUCUCAACCCCCUGGUUCUGUGGUGUCCAACAGAGCGAAAGAGCUGUGAACUUUUCUGGGAAAUACACUUUAAUAAGAUGGAAGCAUCCUAGUCCGAAGGACCAAUUUCAGAGCCAUCUUCAAGCUUCAGUUUUUAAGUUGCACGCUGAAAUAAAGACGCUCCACUCCAAAACUUGAUUUCUGUAGAUCAUCCCAGGCAUUCUGACUGGCUGCUUGUUUGUAUCAUUUUCAGCUCUUCUUAUUUGUCCUUUCUCCCUUUGGGAAUAACAAGCUUUUAGGCUGUAUCAGUUCCAUAGUUUCCAAGGACAGACAAUCCUUGAGUUUACCGUGAUCGCCUUAGAAGUUUGAGAACGCCUUGAAUGUCCAUGACCAGAAGCAGUAGGAAGUGGGACCCUUGUAAACGCAUUCUUUCCUCCAGCCUCAAAGCCUGUUGUGUUCAUUUUUUGUUUGUUUGAUCUCUGCCGUGAUUUGUAUUUCCCAGAGAGAGAGAGAGAGUGUAUAAUGUUGCAACUUGUGCAUGAAUGGAGAAAAACAUUACAAAGAAUGCAUUUUUCUAAGAUGAGAAAGCCAAAUCUUUUGAAGACGCUUAUGAAAUGAUACGAAGCCUUCUUUGUGCACUUCCUCCCCUGAAGGGCUGUCGUUCGCUGCCCCAGGGGUGUUGGAAAGAAGGCUCUGCACACCAGAGCUGAUAGCGUACCCAGAUGGCCAGUGGGCAGGAGCAGUCUUGGAAGAGCGAAGCUGCUUGAAGCAAAUGAAAUAUCCCUGUGGAAAAGAUGUUGCUUUUGUUGAGGCACAGCAUCGUUGUGAUUGGAAAGGGGUGCCCCGAAAUAUUUUGCCACAUUCUUUUUGAUACCAGCUCUAACUGCUACUUUCACUUUGUAAAUUAACCGUGUACAUAUAACAUGUUCGUUGCCUUGUUUUGUAAUAUAACGCUGCAAUUUUCUGAAAUAAAAUGGCCUUUUCUUUU